CCGUUUCGCGUUUGCCAAGCGCAUCGAACUCUUUUUCCUCUUUAUUAUUUUUUAUUUUUACUCUCUCUAUCUUCCCUUUCUCUCUCAUCGUCGCGUCUUGUUCGCACAAAAUCUCUGGAUUUCUCUUCCAUUCCCAGCGAUCGAUCUCGAUUACUCGAAGAACCCUUCCUUUUCCCUUUCCUUCGCCGAUUUUUCCGAUUACAAAAAAUUGCCACCUAAGCCCUAAAAAGAAAAAGGAAACACCACACUUACGCCUCUUUCUCUCUAUCGAUCGGCUAGGUUUUCUUUUCCCCCUUUGUUCGAUUGGAUUGUAUUGUACAGCAGUAGCAGGAAGAAGCAGAGAUCUGAGGGGCUUGAUCUAGGGUUUUUCUAUUUUGUCGUUGGUCUCUCUUUAGCAGUCCAUGCCGAUUGUUCGAAUCUAGGGUUUUCAUUUUUUGCUGCUGUGGGGAAAUUCGACCUCGAAUUAAUGUUUCUUUUCAGGGAGAAUUGUGGGAUCAAUGAAGAUGGAGGAGUAUUAUGCAUGGGUCCGGUCCUGAGGAGUGGAAACACAGCCGGCACAUGUGGCCUGUACCUUCCAACGCCACCGCUGUAGCCCCCGAUUCUUCACCGUCUGAAUAUAUAUGCAAAGAUGGACGCAAGAUUCGUGUUGGUGAUUGUGCACUUUUCAAGCCACCCCAGGAUUCCCCACCUUUUAUUGGAAUAAUUCGCAAGUUAAUAGUUAAUAAAGAAGAAAGUCCAACUUUAGAAGUGAAUUGGCUUUAUCGACAUGCUGAUGUGAAUCUUGCCAAGGGCAUAUUGGAAGCUGCCCCAAACGAAGUCUUCUACUCCUAUCACAAGGAUGAAAUAUCUGCUGCAUCAUUACUCCAUCCGUGUAAAGUCGCGUUCCUUCGUAAAGGUGUUGAACUUCCUUCAGGGAUAUCUGCUUUUGUCUGCAGGCGAGUGUAUGACAUUGAGAACAACUGUUUAUGGUGGCUAACUGAUAAAGAUUACAUUAAUGCUGUUCAGGAAGAAGUUGACCAGUUAUUAGAUAAGACAAAAUUAGAAAUGCAUGGGGCAGUGCAGUCAGGAGGCCGUUCGCCAAAAGCUUUGAAUGGUCCGACGACAACACAAUCAUUGAAAUCUGGUUCUGAUAGUGUUCAAAAUAAUUCUUCCCUUGGUGCACAGGUUAAGGGAAAAAAGAGAGAAAGGGGUGAGCAGGGAUCUGAUCCAUACAAAAGAGAGCGGUUAUUUAAAGCAGAUGAUGGGGAUUCUGUACAGGGUAGACCUGAGAGCAUGUUGAAGUCUGAGAUUGCUAAAAUUACUGACAAAGGUGGGCUUGUAGACUUUGAAGGAGUUGAAAGACUUGUACAGCUCAUGCAACCAGACAAUGGUGAUAAAAGAAUAGAUUUGGCUGGGCGAAUUAUGCUUGUUGAUGUUAUAGCAGCUACAGACCGUUAUGACUGUCUUGGUUGGUUUGUACAGCUUAGGGGUUUGCCUGUGUUGGACGAAUGGCUCCAGGAGGUCCACAAAGGGAAAAUUAGUGACAGUAGUAACCAUAAAGAAAGUGACAAAUCUGUGGAGGAAUUUUUGUUAGCGUUGCUUCGUGCAUUGGAUAAGCUUCCUGUUAACCUUCAUGCAUUGCAAACAUGCAAUGUUGGGAAAUCUGUCAAUCAUUUACGCACACACAAAAAUUCUGAAAUUCAGAGGAAAGCUAGGGGUUUAGUAGACACGUGGAAGAAACGUGUUGAGGUUGAAAUGAAUAUGACUGAUUCAAAAUCUGGUUCUACCCGUCCUGUGUCAUGGCAAGUAAAGCCAGCAGCUUCUGAGGUCUCUCAUGUUGGAAAUAAGAAAACUGGAGGACCGGAGAAUGCUACAAAGGGAUCUGCAAUUCAACCUUCGGUAUCUAAACCUUUGUUGGCUAAGCAUGCUUCUGUGGAGGCCCUGUCCAAGUCCUCUUCAGCUCCUGGUUCAAUUAAAUCGAUGACUACUUCAGUAAGCAGUACCUCUAAAGAUCAAAAUGUUAAGGUGGUAGUUGGCGCUGCAGCAUCAGAUCAACCGUUGACACCUAUCAAGGAGGAAAGGAGCAGCAGUUCUAGUCAAUCUCAGAACAACAGCUUUUCUUGUUCUAGUGAACAUGCAAAAACUGGUGGGUCUUGCCGGGAAGAUUCAAGGAGCUCCACUGCAGUGUCAAUGAGUGUGAGCAAAAUGCCCGGUGGUGCAUCUCGAACCCGGAAGUCCAGCAAUGGUAUACAUGGUGCUGGUGUCGCUCUUGCUCAGAAGGAGCCCACUUCUGCAAAAAGUUCCACUAGAAAUUCCCCUUCUGAAAAAGUUUCACCAACUCGAGUAUCCCAUGAAAAGUCUCCUGAUCAGCCAACCGAUCAAGGGAGUAAUAAUCAGCGUCUGAUCCUUAGGCUGCCAAAUACUGUUCGCAGUCCUUCACGAGGUGCUAAUGGUAGCUCUUCUGAAGAACCUGCUAUUCCUUGUGGGAAAGCUUCUCCUCCUUCUGACAAGAAUGAGUCUCAGGAUAGAAAAGUGAAGGCUAAGAAUGAUGGUUUGCAUACCAUUGCUUCAUCAAAUGUGAUAACUGAGGCAUGUGCUACAAGUUGUGAGGAUCGUAACGGUUCUCCUUUGGGUGAUGAACGGGGAAGGGUUAAUGAAGAUGGUGAUAAAGUAGCAGAAACAUCAAAACAAACUAAUUCCCCUUCAGGUUUUAUUUCCAGAUCUGGGCAGACUUAUGAUGCAUCUUUAAGCCCUAUGAAUGCAUUAGUUGAAAGUUGUGUGAAAUUUUCUGAAGCAAGUGCCUCUGUUUCGCCUGGAGAUGAUGGGAUGAACUUACUUGCUACUGUUGCUGCAGGGGAAAUAUCCAGAUCUGAAAAUAUCUCACCUCCAGCUUCACCUGAGGGGAAGUCAUCUGCGGCAGAUGAAUCUAGUUCAGCCAAUGUUUCCAAGCUAAAACAUCCGGCUGAAACAGCUGCUCAUACUGUUGCACAAUCUGAUGCAGUAGCUUCAGGAGAGCCUCAGUUUAGUGCUGUUGAGUCAUUGCAAUUUAAAAAUGAUUCAGGGCACCCUGUGACAACAAUGUUGCGUGAUUCUUCUGUAGACGAAGCUAUUUCAUCUACUUGUAAAGAGAAAUCUGGUGAUAACAGAGCUCAAAUAAAUUGUUCAGCUGCAGAUUUGUCACAAAAUGCCGAAGCUGUAUGCCCACGGUUGGAAACGGCUGAGGAUACUCCUGAAACCUUGUUACCAUAUAAAAAGGAGACUCAGGACCAAUCACUCGAGCAGAGGGAAUUUGGAAGUCACUGGGCUAAAAGUAGCGGUUCAGACUCUCAACCGAUGAAGGUUGACCACUUGGGUGAGACAAUCCUGGAGAAUGGUAAAAUGUUAGUUUCGAAAGAGACUGUUGCAACUGUAAAGAUUGAAAAGGAGGUAGGUGAAAAAUUACCGGAGCUAUCUUCAGAUGAUAAGAAGAUUGGUGUGGAGCAAGUGAUGGUUACUGGUAUGUCAUCUCAAAAGUCAUCUCCAGUUACAGAAAAAUCUGAGUCUCCAGAUUUUAAAAAGGAGGAUGUGGCUCCACCCUCUGCUUCAGGUAAUUCUUUGCCAGCAUCCAGGGAUGAACAAGCAAGUGAGAUGAAGUUGGCUGCCGCUGAACUUGAUGAAAAAAGGAAGGAUCGAGACUCAGCAGUUUCAGCUGAAGCUAAUGGAUGCGAUGAAGAUAAUUCUGGCAGGAAAGAGGUUCUUCGACAAUGCUCUAUGUCUUCAAAUCGCCCAGAGUUGUCUAAAGUUCCUGGGAAAGAAAAUGAAGCAUCCAAAACCUCAGAGUGUAACCCAGAUGGGAAUGAUUCUCAUGUUGCAGGAGAGCAUGCCUGCAGUAUUAAUCCAUCUGUAACUGUUUCUGGGUCUGAUGCAGCCGUAAGAUUGGACUUUGAUUUAAAUGAGGGUUUCCCUGUUGAUGAUGUGAGCCAAGGGGACAUUGUUAGACAGGAAGAACAUGUCGCAUCAUCUGUGGUUCGAAAUCCUUCUGCAUUGCCUUUCCCCAUUUCGUCCAUCUCUGGGGGAUUCCAUGCAACAAUUACUGUGGCAUCUGCUGCCAAGAGACCAUUAAUUCCGCCGGAAAACCCAUUGCGCAGUAAGGGUGAACUUGGAUGGAAAGGCUCUGCUGCUACAAGUGCCUUCCGGCCAGCUGAGCCUAGGAAAAACGCAGAGACAUCAUCAACUAGUGAUAUUCCUUCUGUUGAUUCCACUGCUUUGAAACAAUGCCGUGCUCCUUUAGAUUUUGAUUUGAAUGUUGCUGAUGAAAGAAGUUUUGAGGAUGUAGCCUCCCAUGGUUCUUUAGAAUCUGCUCCACCUGAUCGCACCACUAUGGGACUUGAUCUUGAUUUGAACAGAGUUGAUGAGACUCCUGAUGCUGUUUCUUUCUCUCUGAGUAAACUGGAUGUUCCUGCUUUGCCAAGUAAGUCUUCACUGUCUGGUGGGUUAUCCAAUGGCGGAAGUGUGUCAAGAGACUUUGAUUUGAAUAAUGGACCAGGCCUUGAUGAAGUUGGCACAGAGGUCCCAGCUCGAAGUCAGCAGAUGAAAAAUAGUGCACCAUUUCCAUCUGCUAUCCAUGGUACGAGAGCCAACACUGCUGAAUUGGGGAAUUAUUCGUCAUGGUUUCCUCCAGGCAAUUCAUAUUCAGCAAUUACUGUCCCUGCGCAUCUUUCUGGUAGAGGUGAACAGAGUUAUGUUGCAGCUGCUGCGGCACAGCGGCUCAUGGCUACUUCUGGUAGCAGUUCCUUUGGUCCUGAGCUGUACAGGGGGCCUGUGCUUUCAUCCUCUCCUGCUGUUGCUUACCCACCUACUGCACCCUUUCCGUAUCCAGGGGGAUUUCCAUUCGAGACCAGUUUUCCAUUAUCUUCAAACUCCUUUUCUGUUGGUUCAGCAGCAUUUAUGGAUUCAUCAACUGUUAGUGGACUCUGCUUUCCUACCAUACCGUCACAGCCAGUUGGACCUGGCGGUGUUGUCUCCUCAGCUUAUGCUCGUCCCUAUGUCAUGAGUCUUCCAGGUGGUACAAGUAAUGUGAUUCCUGACAACCGCAAAUGGGGAAGUCAAAGUCUCGAUCUUAAUUCAGGCCCUGGUGGCACGGAUACAGACCGAAGAGAGGAUAGAUUGCCUUCUGGGUUGAGGCAAGUGCCCGCUCCCAAUCCCAAUUCACAAUCCUUGAUGGAGGAACAUAUGAAGAUGUUUCAGGUGGCAGGUGUGUUGAAGAGGAAAGAACCUGAUGGUGGUUGGGAUGGAGCUGAUAGAUUUAGCUACAAACAGCCCUCAUGGCAGUAGGAUAAUGGAAUAUUUAAGUUGAGGUUUUUUGUGGAAGAUGUCGGGAAUAUUUGGGAUAAAUUUAGCAUGCCGUGUGUCCACUGAUGCUUCACUUGCUGCUGGCAUAGCAGGGCCUCUGAUGGCUGAUGCAGUUUGUUUUGUAUGAAUCUGCUUCCAACAGAUUGCCCCUUCCUUGCAGAUAAGUUUUUUUCUGUGUAGAUAUCUAACUGAAAACAGGUGUGAUAAUGCCCCGCCUAGUGUCUCAGAAAACGAAAAAAAGAAAGAAAAAAGGAAAAAAAGGAAAAAAAAAUUGGCAUAAAUGUUUUGACUGUGACCGUUCCUUGCAACAGCCCAAUCCAUUCUCAACCAUUUGAAAGGAGAGGAUUGGAUGAAUCACUGGCCAGGCUUGAAGCCAGUUCUGUCUUUCUUAAAAUUAUUUUUUCUUUCCUCCUUACCUUCUCUUCCAACUUUUGUUACAUAUAUAGAAUGCUGUAGUCUCUUGACUUUUUGAAUUUUCUCACUUAUCACAUUCUGGUUAUUGAUGAUAUAUGCACAGGUUAGCCGUCAUGGUCAA